ACGGCGCGUUUCGGCGGAUGGUCCGGCUGUCAGGUCUGGCAAUUAGUGAGUUCGAGUGCGCGAUGUACAGUGACGAGUGUCGCGAGUUGCAGGAGCGGCUUCAUGCCCAUUUGAGCGCCAAUGGCUGCCCCCUCCUACCAGGCACCUGGACUUUGGGAGCCUCGCCGCUGGCGGGUCGAGGGGUGUUCGCGGGGAGGGCGUUUCGGGCCCACGAGGCGGUGCUGUGCGACGCCCCCCUGGUGGUGGGGCCCCGCACCUACGAGCGCUGCCCGGUCGUCUGCGUGGAGUGCGGGCGGUGGGGCCCCUCGGGGGCCUGCCCCAAGGGCUGCCUCCUGCCGCUGUGCUCCGGGUGCGCGGCCGCCCCCUCCCCCGCCCGCCACCGCGGCGAGUGCGAGUACAUCCGCCAACUGGGGCCCCGGGGAGCCGCCAACGAGCGGUACUCCCGGCUCCUGUACAAAGCGGUGACGCCCAUCAGGUGUCUUGCCCUCCGAGCAGAGCAGCGGGAACUCGUCAGAAGACUUCAGAGCAACGAUGAGCCCAGGCACUCGUUCGAGGUGGAUAUUCUGAAGAAGUCCGUCGAGAAGCAAAUUGAGCCCGAAGAUGAGGCAUUCAUGCGACUUUGCUGUCAAGUGAUGGACGUCAACGCUUUCGAGACAGUUGCACUCCAUGAGGACAGCCGCAAGGGUGCAAACUACGAAUCCAGUUUGCGAGGUCUCUACCCCCUGGCCGCCAUUAUGAACCAUUCCUGCUCCCCAAACAUUAGGAUAGGAUUUGACGAUAGACAAAGAAUGGUAGCAAGGGCAACUAGGUCGAUUGAGUGUGGAGAGGAAAUCACGACUUCUUAUUCUCUCUUGCUUUGGGGAACGUCCACUCGGCGAUCACAUCUACUAGACACAAAGCAUUUUCUGUGUUCAUGCUUCCGCUGCCUUGAUCCGACUGAGCUGGGGACCUUUUUGUUCAUGAUGGACUGCCCGAGCCGUGGUUGCGGUGGACAGCUCUCGCCUACAGAUCCGCUGUCCCUAAGUUGCGCCUGGACUUGCGGACGAUGCAACCGGGUGGUCACGGAGCAACAGAUCUCCAUCCUCCGCAACAUCGCCGCCGGACCUACUCCUGACCCUGAUCUCGAGGACCUGUCGGCGCUCAAGACCUCGCUGGAAGGGCGCCUCGGACAGGUGGCCGUAAGUCUUAAGCUUAGCGUAAUUGGGAGUUUAGGCCAUAAACCGAAGUACACUUGGACAGAACUUGACGAGAAAGCUCUAUCGUUCAAGAAGCAGCUUUGCGAGGAAGUUCUUCAGCUAUUACAAUCUUUGCAGCUGGGAGUUUGUCGACUGAGAGGGUUUAUUCUACAAGAGUUAUUUCAUGUUCUGAAUGAAUUGAGGAAACGGAAGAAGUGUAGUAAAAACAAAAGCUCCAUUGCUGAAAUUAAGCAUUUAGCUAAACUUGCGGCGUCAUCUUUGAAAGAAGCUUUGCAGAUAAUCAAAACGGAAAACUUGGACACGUUAUGAUGAAAGAAUGUCAAUAUUUUAUCCGUAGUUCCAACUUUUACGAUAAACUUUCGGUUUUACUUUUACGUUAGUAUUAAAUACUGUUUUUUCUUUA